AACAUAUUUAAAAUAAAUUUUUCUGGCAACAUUAGUUUUUUUGUUGUCAAGACAAUGGUAUCUGGGAAGAUUGAAAAGGAUUGAAAUAUUUUAUUAGAUGUAUAUCGUUUGAAAAAAGGGAUCCUGCUUGCGAAUAAAAAUGAAUUCGCCUAGUCGCGCUGAAAUCCACUUUGAAGAUAUGCGUUGCUGUCGUUCCUGUCUGUCUGUGGCUUCCGAGGAUGAUCUUGAGGAUUAUAUUGAUCUACUGGAGACAUUUACUGCCGAGUGUGGAAGCAUUACUUUACUAGAGUCUUUCAAUAAAUGCACUUCCUUAAAUGUGCUGAUAGAAGAUUUUAUUAUUGAAGGAUAUCCGCCUUGCCAUUACAUAUGUGGACGUUGCCGUUUAGAACUCAAGCAAGCUAAUGAGUUUAUAGCCCGAGCACAAUUAAAUAAUCAGUUAUUAAAAGAACAAUAUAGCCGUGCCAAAUCUAUACAUUCCCCAAUAAGUGAUAGUGAGCUACAUGAAAUCGAAAAUAAAAACGAAUCCAUUGCUGAAGAAUCAGAACAUGAUGAAAAUGAAGAGGAACUGAAAACUGGGAGUUUUACAGAUUUCGAGUUUGACAACCAGAAUUCUCCCGUGUUGGCUGCCAGUGAGAUACUUGAGCCGCCGGAUGAUGAUAUUCAAGAAGAUAAUGAAAUCGCGCCGACAACAUUAAUCAGUGUUGAACGAGUAAUUUCUAAAAAUGAUAAAAAUGCUGUCAAUAAUUCGCAGACAUCGAAAGCCAGUAAAGAAUCUGUACUAAGUGCUAACACCUACCGAAAUGAGGAAGACACAAAUAUUGAUGAAACAGACAAGACAUAUUUUGAAUUUAAAUGUGAGUUUUGUACUUGCAUAUUCGAAUUUCAAAGAGAUUUACUGCAACAUUAUGAAAUUGACCACGCGGACAAAACACUUAAUUUUCCCUGCGACAUUUGCCAAAAUCGAUUUGUAACGAAAAAUGCUCUGCGACUGCAUCGACGUCAGGUGCAUCAGAAAGAUGAAUAUCUGGAUUGUAAGCAUUGUGGACGUACCGUAUUAAAAACAUUCUAUAACGUGCAUUUGAGGCGCCACAAACAACUAAAAUUCUUAUGUAGCAAAUGCCCAAAAAGAUGUGUUUCGCGUUACACACUAAAAAAACAUAUGGAACUGCACUCCGAAGAGCGUGAUCGCAAUAUUGAAUGUGUCGAUUGUGGCAAACGUUUCUUUUCACUUGAACAUCUGCAAUUACAUCAAACCAUUCACAUUUCACCCGAAGAUAGAGCAGUAUUCGAAUGUACUGUUUGCUCCAAAACAUUCUUACGCAAAUCGAAUCUUGGUUUACAUAUGCAAAUGCAUCGCGGCGAGACAAUGGAUUGCCCACAUUGCGAUAAGAAGUUUGUAAGACGUAAAGAUCUCGAAAUACAUAUACGUUUCCAUACUGGCGACUUUCCAUACUCAUGUUCGAUGUGUGACCGAAAAUUCGCCAUUAAAGGACAUCUUAACUAUCAUGAGAAACGUCAUCUGGGCGUGCGUUACAAAUGUGACGAAUGCGAGAAAACAUUUAUAAAUCUGGCCGGUUUGCGACAACAUCAGUAUGAGCACACGGGUAUGCCACUAAUGUGUAGUGUUUGUCAGCGCGGCUUUCCAACUCAAUUCAAGAUUCGCCGUCAUUUGCGCAACGUACAUAAACACCUUUUUAAGAAAACUGACUACUCAGAUGCAUUAGCAAAAAAGUAUAUAAUCGCUACAACAAAUUCAAAUCAAGCAAUCAAGAAAGCAACAGAGUUAGUAGAUGAACUAGAAGACACAAUCGAAAUGCUUGAGGAGCAUGCCGAAGACAUUCCAUUAAAUAUGCUGUCUGUUUAAGAUAACAGUUUUGAAUUAUACAUACAUACAUUAUGGAAUAUUACUAGUCACAAAAAGAUGUAAUAAUGGAAAAUAUAGCCAAAUUUUACUAAAUAGUAUUUAUUGAAAACCUAAA